CAGGAGAGCAGAUACAGAAGCAUGAGUGUCAUGACGAGCAUGUGGACGCAGACCUUGGCGCAGGCGUCGCGCAUCGAAGAGCGCGCGCACUUUCUCUUCACGCCGCAUGUAGAGAGCGACAUCAAGCACGUUGUCAAGAAGAACUUAGCGCACCAGUCCCGCGACGUAUCGGGAUGGGACUUUGAGAAGAAGGUGAGCGUUUUGGCCGAGCUUCAAGAAAUGAUCGAAGCACCAUCCUUCAAAUACGUCGACUGGGGAGAGAGUGUUCCUGCAAAGGUCAAAGGCAUCGCGCUGUUGCCGCUCGCCCUAGGUCAAGAAGCGCUUUUGGACCUUUGGACGUACAUCAUGGAAUUCUGCGACGUUGUGCCGGUGCGAACAGGUGCGCGCGGGUUGUUCCUCCGGUUGGCUGGCUGCAUCUGCCGCCGUCUCGAGUUCGUCAACGGUGUCGAGAUGAAUGGAAUGCCGUUGAAGAUGGAUCCAACGAUUGAAGCACGGUACUGUUGUCUCCUCGCGCAAUGUCUCCAGUACUGCGCCACAAAGCUCGCGAAAAGCCGCAUCCUUACACAAGACCAUGCGUAUUUUUCGUCGCACAUAUACACGGCAGCCUUUUAUCGAUGUCCGUCGGUCGCGGCGCCGUUGAUCUUGCAAACGAUUGAAGCGUACUCGGCGCAACUGGACGAUACAGACACAACGGCCAAGGGAUCCAAGCACGGCUGUUCCAGCGACCUCACGACCGUUGCCCAUUGUUGGCUAUUACCGCGAGAGUCGACGAAAUCUCCAUGUUCGUCCGCACGCACAACGGAGCAUGAAGAAGCACCCGCAUUGGUGGAGAACCGGACUCAACAACCAGAAGAUCACCCACGUAGCCACGACGAAAGCGACUCGAUGUCCUCUCCACCAUCGUUGGAGGCGCGGCGGGAAGCAGUUCUUGACAACUUUCAGCGGUUCAGGGCGGCCGUGGGCACUGCACUUGGGAUGGACGAUUUUUCUCCAGGUGAUGGCAACGUCGCCGCUGCCCACGACAAGCACGUCGCCCCAGCGAAGGUAGCCGUGCAGUCGACGCCUCGUGCAACCCUCGACCUCGUUUUUCAAACGAGCCUUCGCGCGGCAACUCGGGACGACGAAGCAGCAUUUAUCCGAAGAUGCCCCCACCUGUACAUGGCCACGCCGCAGUUGACGUCGGACGUUGUCAUGGCUGCGCUGGCGCCGUUUCUGGACCGCCUCAAAACUCCCUCGCGGGACUCGAUCCUGUUUGUCGUGUUCUUGGGGACGUUUGUCGAGGACUCGACCUCGAUGCUCUUUUAUCGACAGCCGCCUGCCGCGACGCCUCCCUUUUGGCAUUGCGUGCCAGGGUACUUUGUGUGCAUCCAGGCGUUCGUAAACGUGUUCAAGAAGGUGUGCCUGCGACGCAAAAAGGAUCGCGACGCGCAGAUCGUGACCAAGGAUGCCGACGUUGUGGUCAACCCGUGGUUCCCGUACUGGACCAACAACGAGCUCGAGCCGGUCUACGAUGGUCUUGGCGACAUCUUGGCUAACGGCGCCCUCCUCAACGUGUUCGUCCAGGUGAUCUUGGAAAGCACCAACAUGUACGACCCCCACAGCGUGGACUAUGCAUUCAACGUGCUUCAGAAUGCAUUUGAGACUGCUGCCGCCGCAACGGGGUCGCGCCAUAAGCACGGAGAUUCCCACCAUGUCCAAGGGGAUUCGGCGGGCGGUGCGCGGUCGCACCUCCCCAUCGAGUUCGACCUCGAGUACUACCUGUCGGCGCUGCGGCUAGCCCUGACGUCGACGCAUUUUCAAAUCCUGCUCAAAGUGCUGGCGUUCGUGUACGCCACCGCUGAUCUGCUCGAUUCAAAGCGGCGGCAAAAGCUCUUGGCAGGAGUUGUCCUCCAAGAGCACUUUUUUCCCCUUUUUCUUCAUUGGAAUGAAGAGGUCCGUCGCAUGUUCUGCCACCUUCUCGUCUACAAACUUUUUUUGUCCUCGCGCCUGGACCUCCCCCUUGUCUCGGAUCGUGUUUUGCUCGCAUCCAGUCCGUUCUUCCGGCCGCAGCAUGAGCCCGCGCCGCAUGUCCUUCAGGGCCUUGCGUCGUACUUUGCGCCGGCCCCUACCAAGAAGAUGUCGCCGCAAGCUGUCACCGACGACCACAAUCACGCCCUCGAGCGGCUGAUCGUGUGGGACACGACGGCCACCCCUCGCCAGUCCAACCAAAAGCAAAAGCAGGAACGGCUCUUCCGAGACAGUUUGUCCAACGAUGAUCUCAUGCUUGACCUGUCCGUGACGAGCAAACUUGACGCGGUGCUGAAAAUGAUUGCGGAGCAAAUCCACGCCCACGACGACGGCACGUCCCCGUCCGGCAUGUACUUCCCGCGGCGCCUACAAGUGUACGCACAGAAAGCGCUCAGUCAGUACGUUGGGCUUCUUUGGAUGUACUACAAAGCCGCGUUCGAUGACUUGUCCGUCCCUCCAACGGCUCCGACCUUGGAGUUCAACGUGCAAACCUUUUUUGGGAGCAGCGACUAAUACAUGAUUGAGCCUCGACACGAGUGCACUCAAACGUGCACGCGGCUGUUCUGUCUGUCUGGGAGUUGUUCGGUUGUUUGGUACGCGGAGAGUGUAAAUGAAUACCGG